CAGAGCCGCACAUGCGCCCUGCAGCCUCUCCCGGUAGUGGAUUCCUCUGUGUUGAGCGCGAAAUCGCGGAGAUGAACCCUUUAACGAAAGUGAAGCUGAUAAAUGAGCUGAAUGAGCGAGAGGUCCAGCUUGGGGUGGCGGAUAAGGUGUCCUGGCAUUCCGAGUACAAAGACAGCGCCUGGAUCUUCCUGGGAGGACUUCCCUAUGAACUUACUGAAGGAGAUAUCAUCUGUGUAUUCUCACAAUAUGGGGAGAUCGUUAACAUUAAUCUGGUGCGGGACAAGAAGACUGGGAAAUCCAAAGGAUUCUGUUUCCUCUGCUAUGAAGACCAGAGGAGCACAAUUCUGGCUGUUGACAAUUUUAAUGGGAUAAAAAUUAAAGGAAGAACUAUCCGAGUGGAUCAUGUGUCUAACUAUCGGACUCCUAAGGACUCAGAAGAAAUGGAUAUUGUGACCAAAGAGCUCCAGGAGAAGGGCUGUGGGGCUCACACCCCCUCAUCAAAUUCAUCUGAGGGCUCUGAAGAGGACAAACCCACCAAAAAACACAAAAAAGACAAAAAGGAAAAAAAGAAAAGAAAGAAAGACAAAGAGAAGACUGAUCAGGAGGAACUGGCAGAGCAGCCAGCCUCCUCUUCAACUCCUAGAAGCAAGAUGAUAAAGGAAAAGGAGGACCCUGGCUCUAAAAAGCACAGCAGCAAGAACUCAGAGAGGGGUCAGAAGCCAGAGUCUAGGGAGGUGCGGAAGCACCACCCCAGUUCCCCUGAGGUCAAGACAACCUGCCAAGGGAGAGUAGAGGACCAUGAGCGGGAGCUGAAGAGGGAGAAGUUCAAGCACGAGCACAAGUCCUCAAGCAGGAGGGAAGAAAGAGAAGAAAAAAACAGGGAUAGGGACAGAGGUCGAAGCUCAGACACACAUUCUAGCUGGCAUGAGGGGCAUUCUGAGGGACAUAGCCGUAGAAGUAGAAGUAGGAGCCGAGAUAAAUCUCAUAGGCCUAAAAAGGCCCGGCACUCUCGAGACCUGGACCCCUCAAAUCCCAGUGACAGCCAGCAUCACUGAAGCUGAAGCCUGGGCAGCUACUCAGUGGAGUUAGAAAUGAACUACAUUUUUAAAAUGCAGUCAAAUUCAAUUAUGCUUUAUUGUUUCUGUGUGUAAAAUCUCUGAGGUUGCAUUCUUUAAUCCCUAGAGUAUUAGAGUUAUUGAGAGUGCAGUAGUUUCAACAGCCAAAUGUCCUGGAGUUUGACUUAAAACAUUUUUAAAAAAUACAUUUUUAUUGAUUUCAGAGAGGAAGGGGGAAAAUACAUAGAAACAUCAAUGAUGAGAGAGAAUCAUUGAUUGGCUGCCUCCUGCAUGCCCCACAUUAGGGAUCAAGCCUGCAACCAGGGUAUGUGCCCUGACCAGGAAUUGAACUGUGAUCUCUUGGU